AUGAUGGGAAAAUUGAGCUAUUUGGUGUGCCUGUUCCUGGUGGGAGCUACUUGGGCCAUUGAACUGCAACCGGAGCCGGACUACGGACCAGUGGCCUACGAGUUCCAGUGGGCGGUGAACGACCCCCACACCGGCGACAUCAAGAGCCAGAAGGAGACCCGCAAGGACGACAAGGUCGAGGGCGUCUACGAGCUGAUCGAUUCCGAUGGCUAUCGCCGCAUUGUCCAGUACAAGGCCGACGAUCACAACGGAUUCGAGGCCAUUGUCCAGAGGGAGCCCACGGACAUUAAGAUUCCGCUGCCGGAGCCACCCAAGAAGUUGCUGGCCGCCAAGAUUUUGACUCCGAUAGUACCCGUGGCUCCGCUCGUCCACUACGCUGCCCCCAAGGCCAUCAUCAAGCAGGAGCUCUCCCCGGGCAACUAUGUCUCCGUUUCCGGACCCACAGCCACCUACAAGUACUAG